CCCGAGCUCUGUAGAUCAGGGAAUAGAGCAUGAAUAACGGUACUCCACAAUAUUUACUGAAAUGUUUCAUCGCCACACCAACGACGGACAUCCAUGGCGCAUAUAAAUAAAUCAUAAAAGCAGCCAAUACUGGCCUUUCCGUCUAUAGCUAGGGACGAGCACUUCAGCACUGCGAGCUAUUAAUUAUUCACUCUUAAGAUGGCCUGGAUCUGGAAGAAGAAGUCAGUCAUAGUGACCAGUCUGAUUGUGGCGGUGUCUCUGUUUUUGUUGGUGAUUAAUUACUCAGAGAAACCCUACUUCCUGCUGCAGCCUGUAUUCGGCCAGAGCUUCAGUAGAAACUGGAUGUUCUCUCGCCCGCCACACAAAGCCUUCAAACCCCACCGCGGCUACCUCAGUGUCCCCAACCAGGAGCCGUUGAAGCUGCAUUGCGAGGUUUGCAGUAUAGUGUCCAGCUCUGGCCAGAUGCUGGGGCGUGAGGCAGGAGCCGAAAUCGACCAGUCCUCCUGCAUCUGGAGAAUGAACAACGCACCCACCCGUGGCUUUGAGAGGGACGUGGGCCGCAGGACAGACCUGAGAGUGGUGUCUCACACUAGUGUUCCUCUGCUAAUUCAAAAACCCCAGCACUUCUUUGGCCAGGGGAAUGAGACAGUCUAUGUGGUGUGGGGACCCUUGCGCAACAUGAGGCAGGAUGGCAAGGGCAUUGUGUACAAUAUGUUGCGGCAAGCGGUGGAAAACUACCCACAUGCACGCAUCUACGUCACCACAGAGGACCGCAUGAAUUACUGCGACACUGUUUUCAAGAAGGAAACGGGCAAAGACAGGAUUCAGUCGGGGUCGUAUCUCAGCACCGGUUGGUUCACACUCAUUCUGGCCAUGGACAUGUGCAAGGAGAUCCGAGUCUACGGCAUGAUCAAUGACACGUACUGCAAAUCAGAAGGCUACAGGAAGGUGCCGUACCACUACUAUGAAGCAGGAAGUCGUGACGAAUGUGCCGAAUACCUCUUGCACGAGAGCGCCCCUUAUGGUGGCCACCGGUUCAUCACAGAGAAGGCUGUUUUUGCAAAGUGGGCUAAGACACACCCCAUCAAGUUUUUCAGCCCGGAGUGGCAGCUGUCAUGACCAAGACUCCCAUUCGUUCAGAAUAUCCCUUGAUACAACAGCUCUGUUGGCUCGUCCCUCCUGCAUUGUAAAGUAAUACUCACAAAACAUGCCAUUCAAUGGCUAAACGAAUCAUUCCAAAUGCGAUUUCAAAUGGCAGUUGUCAAGAGUGAAGUUAGUAUCCCAUCGUGACCAUGAGGAGAGGUUUCUAAUGAAACUCGUGUUGAUCCUGGUGUGAUCAAAUAGUGGAUUUUGCAUGUUCUCAUUUUAUUCACAUCUGGAUAAUCAAGUAGUGUAUGUUUUCCAGAGGCACACAUAUUGCAGAAAAGAUCUACAAAGAACGUCACAUCCUUGCUUUAGCUUUCAUUACCUUAAAGGGGCUCACUUUAGGGCUGGCCGAUAUACCAAAUUAUUUAU